AUGUAUCGUGCUCAGUCCGCCUCCAAUCUCUACAGUUACUCUUUUGGGGGAUUGGAAGAGCUGGACUCUCGAUGGAAGUGGUGUUCGGGGAUGCAUCGGUCCGACAAGAGUUCUCGCCGUCGUCUCGAUGCCUAUUCCUGCCCCCUAGACUGUUGUUACGACCCUUCGUGCCAUCCGCUUCUACAGACUCGCAGGAGCUCGGGGAGCAGCAAGAGAUCUGCUGGCUCCAGAACCAAGAUCCGUAGCAAGACUACGGCAAGCUGCAGCAGCGCAGGCAGUUGCUGUUGCUACGAAUGCGAACUGGUUCAAACGAAGCAUCAGUUCUCACGUCCUCCGCUCAAAUCCAGUUUGAUCAACGGCUCGCGGAAAACUGGCGCGGUUUCGACAGCGCCUUAUCGGAGUCGCAAGAUCGGGAAUGAAGUGGCCUUCGAAAGUCCUUGCCGUCGGCACUGGACCAUCGAUCCUAGUGCUAGCGAGUUUCAGAAGCCUCCUAAGGAGUUCAUAGUCGUCAGGAGUCCCAUUCUAUCUGAAAAGAACGAUCCCGUCCAAGUCAGUCGGUUAUACAAGCGUGCCGAGCCUGUUCACCCGUUCUACCAAAAUCCCGUGGAUGAUGAGAACAGUAAUGAGCGCUCGAAAGGAUAUCGACAUGGGAAACACAUUCGAGGAUCACAUCACAGUUCCAAAACUUUUCAGUCACGGUCUCAGUCCGAGGGGUGUUUGAUAGCUGCCUUGAAGAGCAAAGAGGAAGAAGAAGUUUUCCAUGGGGACACUCAAAAAACUGUGUGCUCCAGUUGUGGCCAUGCUUGCGACAGCCAGGAAAAGUCUUCUGCUCGGAGUUCGUCUCCUUCUUUAGCUCACGAUAGCUUGAGCAGUGGUUCCCCUCCUGAGGGUCCACUGGCAAGUUCCUCGGCCCAGAAUGGGAACGGGAAGCCCCAUUUCAUCCAGGUGACAACACUUGAAGAUGUCCAAGCUGUGCGGUGCGCUGAAUUCCACCCAGGCGGCAAGUUCUACGCCGUGGGAUCCAAUUCCAAGACGCUUCGGGUCUGCGGCUACCCAAAGACGUUGGACCUCAGGGAGGACCAUGUUACUUAUCAACCAACCGUGCUCUUCAAAAGAACCAAGCAUCAUAAAGGAUCCAUCUACUGCUUGGCAUGGAGCCCAAUGGGAGAUCUUAUCGCAACUGGAAGCAAUGAUAAAACUGUGAAGUUGAUGAGGUUCAAUGCAGACAGCUGCAACAUUGAAGGUUCGAUGAUUUAG